GAAUGGAAUUAUGAAGACAACCUCAUCUGGCACAAAGGAAGAAUAUACGUCCCACCAAAUGACGAACUCAAAAGAAGGAUCACAAAAAUAUACCACGACUCACCCACAACUGGACACCCAAGACGAUGGAAAACCUAUGUCCUGAUAUCAGACAACUUCUGGUGGCCAGGAAUGUCCACA